AUGAAACCAACGUUCUUUGGCAACACAGAGACGUCGAAGGACUACAAUCUCGUUGGUAUACCGAGCGACGAGCUCGAUGCCAGCUGGAGCUCCAUCAUGCAGUACUUCUACGCCGAGGUGCCGAAGGAGUACAUCCAGUCCCUCGAUCGCGAGAGAGACAGCAUCCGCCUGCCCAACGGCAACUACCUGGCGAACUAUUCCUUCAUCCACCAAUUGUACUGCUUGCCAGACAUGACCGAGGAAGAAAAGGAGCUGCAAUUGGAGCACAGUCUGACGAUGUGCAAGGCGGACGAGACGCCUUUCACCAUGAUCUGGUUUGACGAGAGCAUCCUGCCAGGCGGCGGACCAUCGCCCAUGAGUGCAAGAGCUGGGACAGCUUGA